CUAUGAGUGUGGGCCGUGGAUCAUAAUCAAAACAUGAUAAACCGAGUCCAAGGUAGGUUAGGUUAUUUUUGCGAUAUAAAAUUCUGCAACGAGGCAAACAACCUCAGAAUUGCAAAUCCGAGCCAUAGAGAUGUCUUGUACGGAGGGGGAAGAUGUGCAAAACCUUGCGACAUCCUUUGAAAAUCUCGGCCGCCCUCCCACCAUAGGUAUAACAAUAACGAAAUUGAGUAGAUCUAAGUUUGAGAAAAACCUAGCAAGUGAGAGUGUUGGCACCUUUUCUCUGGGAAACAACAAGGUGGAGAGCAAACUAGUAGCCUCAUAUAUUCCACAGGUUCCAAGUGCACACAAUCCAAUUUUUAGUUACCAUGACUUAGCCAUAGACGAAAGCCCACCUGUGUUUUGCAGCAAGUGUUGUUUUGACCAUAAGCCUCGGCAAGCUUGCCCUUUUCUCUACUGUGAUAUUUGUUAUAGGACUCACAAAAAUUGGGGCUGCCCUUAUGAAAGCAUUUUGCCGCAAGGGGCUGAGUUUGACCGGGUUAACUUCACAGCAGUGUGCGCCUUUGAUGACUCAGGUCAAUUUGAUGAGGAGAAGUGGGCUUGUACCUGGUGUCGUAGGAAAGUAGCCAAACUUAACCGCAAGUACUGUUGCAUUUGCGAGGAGGAUUUUGUAACCCACUGCUCCUAUGAAUGCCCUAAGGACGUGGAGCGAGCUGCCGUGUUGAAAGCCUCGCGAGACCAUGAUCUUGCAUUUCCGAAGAAGUGGGCGUCAAAGGGACUUUUGAGCUAAUCGUCUAUGCUACAGCUUCUGGAUUUGUGGAUACAUGCAUCAGAAAACAACGCAACCUUUUAUGUUACUUGGUAAUCUCUUAUGGAAGCUAUUGUAAUAGUGUUACUCUUGAAUCAGGGUAAUUGAACUUUAUAAAGUCUUUCAACCUUGAGUGCUUAGUAUCCGUGGUGGGAUAUUUAGAUGUUUAUUAAUUUUGGAUUUCUGAAUUUGCAUAUUUAUCUGUUGUAUGCUUGUAUUACUAUUAUUUGUCUUGGUCUUUGGUAUUAUAAGUUACUGAUUGAGUACA